AACCGAGCGUUGGCUUAGUUUUGUUUUCCCGCACAGCAAGCUCUGUGUCUUUCAGAGGAAGGUAAAGGUGGUGAAAACUCCAAACUAAAAUUGUAUCGAAAUGGCUACAGAAAUCGACUUUCUGAGAGAGCAAAAUCAAAGACUAAAUGAAGAUUUUAGGCGGUAUCAAAUGGAAAAUUUUUCUAAAUAUUCAUCUGUACAGAAAGCUGUCUGCCAAGGAGAAGGAGACGACACAUUUGAAAACCUCGUGUUUGACCAAAGCUUUUUAGCUCCUCUUAUAACUGAGUAUGAUAAACAUCUAGGAGAACUAAAUGGGCAGCUGAAAUAUUAUCAGAAACAGGUGGGUGAGAUGAAACUACAGCUUGAAAAUGUCAUCAAGGAAAAUGAAAGGUUGCACAGUGAAUUAAAAGAUGCUGUUGAAAAACAAUUGGAGGCCUUUCCCCUUGGCACAGAGAUAGGAACUGAUACAUAUGCAGAUGAUGAAACAGUCAGAAACCUUCAAGAACAAUUGCAGCUAGCCAAUGAAGAAAAAGCUCAGGCUGUGGAACUCUGGCAGACUGUUUCUCAGGAGUUGGACAGACUACACAAGCUUUACCAGGAACAUAUGACCGAGGCCCAAAUUCAUGUAUUUGAAAGUCAAAAACAAAAGGAUCAGCUUUUUGAUUUUCAACAACUGACCCAGCAACUUCAUGUUACUAAUGAGAACAUGGAAGUGACUAACCAACAGUUUCUGAAAACAGUAACUGAACAAAGUGUGAUGAUCGAACAACUCCGAAAAAAACUUAGGCAAGCCAAAUUAGAGCUGAGAGUUGCUGUAGCAAAAGUGGAAGAGUUAACUAACGCGACUGAAGAUCUGCAGGGACAGAUGAAAAAGAAGGAGAAGGAUGUGGUGUCUGCCCAUGGAAGAGAGGAAGCAUCAGAUAGGCGCUUACAGCAGUUACAGUCCAGUAUAAAACAAUUAGAAAUAAGAUUAUGUGUGACAAUCCAAGAAGCCAACCAAUUAAGAACAGAAAAUACACAUCUGGAAAAACAGACCAGAGAGCUACAAGCAAAGUGCAAUGAAUUAGAAAAAGAGCGAUAUGAGGCUAUUGUAAGAGCCAGAAAUAGCAUGCAACUCUUAGAAGAAGCUCACCUUCAAAAAAGUCAGGCUCUACUUGAGGAGAAGCAAAAAGAAGAAGACAUAGAGAAAAUGAAAGAGACAGUUUCUCGGUUUGUACAAGAUGCUACCAUAAGAACCAAGAAGGAAGUUGCAAACACAAAAAAACAAUGCAAUAUACAAAUUUCUCAAUUAACAGAAGAACUUUCAGCCCUUCAAAUGGAGUGUGCUGAAAAACAAGGCCAAAUUGAACGAGUCAUUAAGGAAAAAAAAGCAGUGGAAGAAGAACUAGAAAAGCCUCUUCUGCAGAUUUACCGUGAAGGCAGAGGAAAUGAAAGUGAUUACAGAAAACUGGAAGAAAUGCACCAAAGAUUCCUGGUUUCAGAGCGUUCAAAAGAUGAUCUUCAGAUAAGACUGACGAGAGCAGAAAAUAGAAUAAAACAACUUGAAAUCGACUCCUCAGAAGAAAUAUCACGUUACCAAGAAAUGAUUCAGAAAAUUCAAAAUGUGUUGGAGUCUGAGAGAGAGAACUGUGGGCUUGUCAGUGAACAAAGGCUAAAACUUCAGCAAGAAAAUAAACAGUUACGGAAGGAGACUGAGAGUUUAAGGAAGAUUGCCCUGGAGGCUCAAAAAAAAGCCAAAUUAAAGAUCAGUACAAUGGAACAUGAAUUUUCAGUAAAGGAACGUGGGUUUGAAGUUCAAUUGAGAGAGAUGGAAGACAGUAAUAGAAAUUCCAUUGUUGAACUGAGGCAUCUCCUAGAGACUCAACAGAAGGCAGCCAAUAGGUGGAAAGAAGAAACGAAGAAACUUACUGAAAGUGCUGAAAUUAGAAUCAAUAAUCUAAAGAGUGAGUUGAGUCGACAGAAACUUCAUACCCAAGAGCUGCUUUCUCAGCUGGAAAUGGCAAAUGAAAAGGUAGUUGAGAAUGAAAAGCUAAUUCUAGAGCAUCGAGAAAAAGCCAACAGACUUCAGAGGCGCCUAAGUCAGGCAGAAGAGAGAGCUGCUUCAGCUUCCCAGCAGCAUAACUUGGAACAUUUGAAAGCUUUUCAACCUAAAUGUGGGGAAAAAACAGGAAUCCGUUCAUGUUGGAAGCCCGGAUUCCCUGACAUAUGCACUAGUGGUUGGCUCUGGGAAGUAAGAGUCACCAGAGUCUGGAAGUUCUUCACUUGAACUUGAGUAGCCAUUGUACUAUUGGAAGCCAGAUGGCCAGAGGUCUCCUCUAGCACACCCAAUGACGAGCCCAAAGGGCUUCCGUGUCAUCUCUGUUGCAUCAAGAAGCCAAGAUGCUUCUCCUGAUAAUGUCUGUCCUCCUGCUGAUAGUGCUGCUGUGCUAUUCUGCAAAGGAUCUCGCUUAUGGGGCUUUUUCAGCGAAUGAACCAAGGAAGUACCCAUUUGUUUUCUGAAGAACGCGGAAUGCCACUUCAAGUCCUCUAUCUUGGGAGCAUCAGGGCCCACAGAAGGACUGUUAAACAAAAGCAUGUUUUCCAGUGAGGAGGAGGAGCAGGAAGAAGAAGGCACACCUAUAAACAAAACCACAAAUAAAGAAAAAUUACAACAGAAGCAAAUCCAUAAGAAUAAAAUUCUAGACCCUCAGUGUGGCCCAAUUUAUGUGAACUCCCCACCCAACAACACAACACUUACACCACCGAGUUUGUACAAAUUUGGUUUUUAUAGUGAAGAGAUGACCUGCCUUGAGAAUCUCCAUUCAAUCUGCAGACUCAAUAUGCAACAUUUUCUGAAACAGCUGAAGCUCACAUAAUUUUUCAAAAAACUGUACCUCCUCAAAUAAAUACAUGUUCCUCCGAACAAAAUAACUGAUCUGAUUUUCAGAGGGGACUCCAUGCAGAACCCAUCAGGUGGUUGAUGGCUGCCUCUGCUCCCUCUACCUGGUUACAGAGCAGCAACUGCACCGCGCUCCUCCACGGUCCAGUCUUCCGCCUCCAGUACGAGACUAAGAGUACCCAAAAAGCAGGGUCCGGGGUUUCUAUCUCUAAGUGUCUAUACCCUCACAGGGUUAUUAGGAGGACAAAUACAUGUAAACAUGUGAAAUGAAUAACGAAAUGUUUAAAAUAA